ACUACUCAAUCGCAAAACCUCUUUCUUCCUCCACAAUGGACUGUCUUCCUAUUCCCUUCGUCUGCUUCCAGUGUGGUACCGACCAGAACCCUUGCCACUGCAAAGUUGUCGGCCCUACCAUCGGCUUCGCCAGUGCCAUUGUCCUUGCAGUUGUGUGUUGGCCCGCUUCUCUCUUCUGCGGCUGCUGUGCAACUGAAACCGGCAAGAAGAUGCUCGGCUACCCAGCAGAUGCAAGUGGCAAGAUUAGCAAUGCUAUACCCAUCUAGAGUUCUCUUCCUCGAUACGACAAUUCUCUGUGGAUAUUUUAGGAGUCGGCAAUGGCGUUCACCCUGGGUUUCUGGUAUAGCUGUGCUGGGCAUGGCUUGAGAUGUUAAUAAAUAGCAGCGAAACGUCGACAAAG